AUGAGCUCUGUUUUGCUGGGGCUUUUCAUCAAAGCUUCCGGCCAAAUCACCGUCACUCUUCCGCCUCAGCCAACGGACAACCCAAACCAACCGCCUACGACAAGUCCAACCAGAGCCCCAGCCACACCACAACCCACAAGCAAUAGAACUCCGCAACCAAAUUCCAACAGCGGGAUUAGUAUCUCGAUUUGGGUUCCACGGCCAACUCCCACCCGAAAACCAACCACAGUGCCUACAAACACACCAACCCCAAAACCAAGCAGACAAGUCACAGGUGCUCCCACGUCAGAACCAACCUCACAACCUAAUAAUGAACCGACAGAUACACCUACCGAUACUCCAAUCGCCAACACUGGUGACGAUGAAAGCACUAGCAGCAAUGCCAAAAUCACGGUAGGCGCCUACUACUAUCCAUGGCACAAGCGUCAUUUUGAAGAUGCCAAGGACGGGUAUCUCCGCCGGGAACUGCAACCGCGCCAGGAAGUACGACUAGGGGAAUACGAUGACACACAGCCCACUGUCAUUCGUCAACAUCUAGCUUGGAGUCGACAAGCCAACAUUAAAGUGUGGGUCACUUCUUGGUGGGGACAAAGCAGUCCCGAAGAUGCCACUUUACGGCAAGUCAUUCUACCCGAACUGGAACGACAGGCACAAACGGCACCAGACUAUUACAAUCACAAGCUUGCCAUCCUCUACGAAACCAUGGCUUGGUUCAACGAAAUUAAUAGCAGAAACAAUGACAAUGACAAUGACAAUGCACCUCCCACAAGCGAUCCGUUUCAACGAAUCUUUGACGAUUUUGAGCACAUCUGUCGAUUCUAUGUGGACCAUCCCAAUUACUAUAAAAUCGGGGGGAAACCGGUGGUGGUGGUUUACUUGACGCGGCUACUGGAAGACAAAUGUGCUGUACCGCAGGUAAUCGAUCGAAUUCGCCGGGGCUGUGGGGCAAACCACGAGCUGUACAUUAUUGGAGAUCACAUGUGGGGAGAAGCACCAUCGCCAUCUCAGGAAGAAUCUAUUCUACCAUUGAUGGAUGGAAUCACGAACUAUGAUUUGUAUGGUAACAUGGGGAGGCCAGCUCCGUACGCAGGUUCGUCACGAGUUGCUUUGUACUUUGAGAAUGCUCGUGACUGGAAGAGACACGCCCUUGAGUUCAACACCUCCUUUGUCCCUGCAGUGUCGCCAGGGUACAACGAUCGUGCCGUGAGAUUUGAACGCGACCAUCCAGCUCUCUCGCGAAGGCUUACCGCUGACAGUCCAGAGGGCUCGCUCUUUCGUGAACAGCUCGGGCAUGCCAUCAAUCUCGUUGAUCGAGGAGCUGACAACCUGCUCCUUGUGAACUCGUUUAAUGAGUGGCACGAGGACACGCAAAUAGAACCCUGCGAUGGAAAGGCAGCCAAGGAGCCCGCUCAUUUAACGCAGGGUUUGGAGUACCAAGGCUAUGGCACCCUGUAUCUGGAUAUUUUAGCCAACUACACGGCUGCUGCAUCCAAUGCCGACAACAUUUUUGGCCAGGAGUCUAUCGGUGCUUCCAAGGCACCGUCCCAAAAAGCCACAUCGCUUCCAAUCCAUUUUACUGGACGUCCCUAUGCGAUUCCCACCCUUGCAGCCAUGUAUUACUUCCCCAGCAACUAUGAACAGGGACUGAGGGCCCGUCUCAAUCAGGCCCCACUACAUCAAGAGGCAAUGGAUGCCAUGACCAACGAAGAGAAGAUCAGUGAUGAUUUCUGGCUUUCUUGGAGAUCCAAUAUUCCGGCUUGGGUCAUGCCUUGGUUUCAUCGUGAUCAUUCCACCAAUCAACAGUUCAUGGAGGUUUUCAAUCACAACUUGGUGAAGAGUACCAAUCACAAACUCAUACUCUACUAUCACGUGAGUUCGCGUUUGCCUACAAUUACAAUUGACGGUACUCCUGUGGGCUUCAAACAACAACCACAGCACAAUGUCUUGGCCAUUUCUCCAUGGAUUGUCAGUGAUGUUGAAUACCUUUGCGAGCACUAUCUGACCGAUGAAGGUACAUAUUACCACUCGUCCAGCGGGAAACCAGUAGUCAUGUUGGGGCUCACCCAUGAGUUGAAAUCGUCACCGGGUGUCCUGGCUUCGCUAGUGACGACGAUUCGAACCGUGGCGUCUGAUCAGUUCAGUCUGGAGCUCUUGCUUGUGGGAGAUGACAUUGCUUGGAGCGAUGCUCCACUCGAGACUCAUACGUUUGAGCCAUUCUCUUGGCUGGAUGGAAUCGCAAACAUCAACGUCUACGGCAACAUGAUGGAUUCGUGGAAUGAUACGACGACAGCAGAUCACGGUGACGAGUAUUUUGAGGCUCGACAAUCGACGUUGGACGCUUACUACGAACAGCAGAGACAGUGGCGCAUUGCAGCCUGGAAUGAAGGAUGCUCCUUCCUACCUACGGUGCUACCAGGUUACAACGAUAGGGCUUCGGGGGAAGCAACCACUCCGUUGUCACGAGUACUAGCUGAGGAACCAGGGCAAGAGGGAAGCUUGUUUGCAUAUUCUUUGGAGACAGCCCAGCAUUUAUUGGAUUCCGAACUAGAGGACUUGCUGCUGAUCAACUCCUUCAACAACUUUUUGGACGACACCCAAGUGUAUCCCGUUUAUGGAAGCGCUGCUUCUUUCCCCGACAGCUUAACCGGGGGCUUGGUGUACGAAGCAUACGGAGAAACGUAUCUUGAUAUCCUGACUGUGAAAUUUGGUUUGCGGGAAACCGGCGUUCCCACUGCCAGCCCCCAACCUUCAGCAGCUCCAACUCCUACCCCCGUGGAAGCUUCAUCUCCCGGUGCUGCACCAGAUCCACUCGACUGGUGCGAGAACUAG